AUGCCUUGCAUGGCUGUUGGAGCUCAUUUCUCCCUCAGUACAUGGGGCUACUGGGGUGCUGUGUUGGGCUCCUUCAUCUUCUGCGUCCCUCUCCCAGUCUGCCCUGCCCUCCGGUACUCACAGAUACACACGCUGGGCACCAUGGGCUCAUGCAAUGCCGCGGCAAGUAGGUCUGCAAUAUUAUAAUAUCAUACUUCCUCAAACCCUGACAGGCACACUCUGACAUUUCACACAAAUCUCUCUCUUUACAAAAAAGCCAACAUGAACAGACAUAUAUACAUUUCCUCUUAGAAGGUUACAUGCAUCAACCACUGGAUCCUCCUGGAAAAGCUAUCUGAGCUGUGGGUGGGUGGUAGUGCUUUGUAAUCAUUCUGGUUGUCUUCAGUGGGUGAUUUUCAACUCUAUAGAGACUUGUACCUGAGUGAGAGGCCACGAUGAUAAACAGGAAUGUAAAGUUGCUGGAGCAUCAUGAGUUAAGUGAAUUAACCAACCUGAUAUAGUUUGCAAAUUGAGGCAAAGAGGCAGUAGGGAUGUUGAGUUUGGGAGCUCUGCGAUCCCCAAUUCCCACCCCCAAUACAUUUGCUUGUUGCUGCAGUUCUCAACUGAUGUGCUAAAUGCUGUGUGAUUUUUAAUUGUACUUUUCUUAUUGCCUUUAAUUCUUUCAUUGUAUUUUAUUUUCUCCUACAAACUUGGACUGUGAAGUGAACAUUCACCACAUCAAUACUUGCCUUCUCUUUUUCCAGGGUUGCCAGUUUUUCUUACCAUCUUAUUAAUUUAUUAAAUUUCUAUACCACCCUUCAUCCGAGGAUCACAGGGUGGUUUACAGUAUAAAAACACAAAAAUGCAUAGCAUAGUAAUAUAUUCUUCUUCUGCCUCUUAAAAAUAUAGUAUAUGGCAUGUUCUUGAGUGGGCCUCUGAAACUACUAACUGAUUAUUAGGUAGAGAUGAAUGGUGGAUUAGCCUGUUUCGAGCCCUUAGCAAAAACAAGUCUGCCUUGACCCAUUUAUGUGCAAUUUUUAAAGGAAAUAUCCUAGAAUAUUUACAUGCUUUUGGAGAAGAAAAUAUGUUGUACUCAUUGGUUGAUUACUAAUGAAAUGACUUGAAUCACUAGCUUGCAAAUCCAGUGCUUGACAUAUUUUAUUUUCUUCAGUCACCCAUUUGACAAUUUUUUUUAAAAAAAAAUCAUCAAGAUUUCAGUAAGGAGAGAUGUGAUUUGAAUUUUUGCAGAUUUAGUCUUUCCAAUUCUCACUUACAGAUGGGUCUCCAGUAGAAUCCAAUUUUAAAAUCAGAUGUGCUACAAAUUGUCCCUCAACGAAUUACAGCUUCUCUACAUUAGAAGAUUACUUAGAGAAUAGGAUCGACUGCUGCCAAACUCCCUUCUGCAACAAAAGACAGAUUGACUGUAAGUAGCUGCAUUCUUUUAGAUUUAUAUAUCUCUAUGUAUCCCUGAGCAUGAAUAGCAUUGAGGUUUCCCAUUUCCCCAUUGGUUGCUGAUAGACAAAUGAUACUGUUCCAGUGCAAUAGCCAUAUUCCUAGUUUACAUGGGAGAUGAUUAGAAUCAGCAUCACCAUCUGUGUCUCAAAGGGGAAGCAAGUGUCCUGUCUGAAGCACUUAUUGACAAAGAGCUUCAAAUGACCCCUGGGUGAUUCUUCAUUUAUUGGGCGAUUGGGGAGCGAUAGAGAGAUGAAUAACCACUAAAACAUCUGACAGUGGGUGCCAUUUGCAGACCAGCGCGCAGCACUCCCGAUCUCCCUAGAGACAAACCAGUUGGCCUGAGCUGGCCUGCCUUCCAAGAUUCGCGGACCAUUGGCGUUCCUGCCAAACCCCUAUUUAAACCAGCCAAUCUGUGGUGUCACUUAGGGCCGGGCCAAGUGAGCGGACCGCGAGUGAGAAAAUUUCAUUCCGGUCUGCUCUGGGGUUUUAUAAGUGGGGCGGAGCCAGCGUGGGACACACAGUUGGUUCUGGAGCUUCACCCACCCAAUCCUCUCUUAGAUCUCUUCCUUUUGUGGCAGUUUAACCAUUUUCCUUCCAGGUUUGUGGGUGUUGCUACCGUCUUAUGAUGGUUGCUGUUGAAGAGCCAGGAAGGAAUUGUCCCUGCUCCGCAGGUUUCACCUUCCCCGUAGGAAUUGUCACAACAUUGGCAGUUUUAGGCCUUGGACAGAAACCUUUAGUCGUCAUUCUAGGGGUGGGGGGACUGAAGUGGUGACUCACCCUUCCUUGCGAUGGCGUUUUCAGGGAUCAGGACUUGUGUGAAGGGGAUCACUGGCCAUACACUGGUAGGUUGUCGGUGAACUUCCCAAAAUUGUGUGGAGAAGUGGGGGCUGGCUAUGUAAAGAUGCAUUUUACAAUGCCCCCUCUGAUCCAAUUAACUCUGCUGUGCCUCAGUUCCCUGGCUGGGGGGCUGAGAGGGAUACAUGGCCAAUGCCUAAGCCAAAGUUUCCUACAUGUGAAACUGUGGAUAAAGUUGUGGCCAUUUUAAUCACAAUAAAUGUUGACAUGUAUGAUUCAUUGCUCUGGGCCUGUCUCCUAGGGGAGAGGGGGGUCUCCGCCUGGACACACAAUACAUUUCUUCCUUGCUCCCUACUAGCCCAACUAGAGUCUGGAAAGGGGGACUGUGACCUGGGAAGUAGUGAAAUUGUUGUCAGGAAUAUAUGUGUAACUCAUGGGUGGCAAUUUGUAUUAUUAUUUUAUACGGUUCAGUAAGUGAACCAUUUCUUUCUUUCUUUGGUUUUUGAAGUACAUUUUUGUUGUGUGGAAGGAGUGACAGGCGAUAGGGGAUGGUGACUUGAGUAAGAGAUGCUGGAGUGACUGGGCAGAUUGUGUGCAUUUGUGAAACAGAAUGGGAUCUGUGAUACUGACUGAGUAGCAGGUAUUUUAUUAUUUGUGUAAAUGUAGGGCAUAAAUUCAGUGUAAUGUGUAGUGAGUUGGGAGAUGUCUUGGCAAAAGGGUCUCUGAAGAGAGGGAAAAGAUCCCUGAAUCUAAAUAUAUCUUAUUUUUAUUUCUUUUGAGAUUUGAUUGCUUUAUUGCAUUGCAUUGUAGUUAUGUGUAAAAUUGCUUUUUAUUUUAUUGUAGUUUCACAGUUUCAUACACACACACACACACACACACACACAAACACACAUUUUUAAUUGGCAAACCACUUUGAGACUGUAUUGUGGUAUAUAAUGUAGGGCUGCCAAACGUCUGGGUUUUCCCGGCCAUAUCCAUGUGUUUGUGGGGGGGCGGGGGCGAGAGAUGUCCCAAUGUCCUCUCAAGAAAUGUUGGAACAUAUGCCUACUAGGGCUGAGCCUGGCUCACAAAUGGGUGGCCUACCACCUGAAGCCUGUCUGGCUUCUCUCUCCCCAUUCCAAAACACACCAUCCAGAGCAGGUGAAGUCCUGCAAUCUGACUGCUGGCAUCUCAGUCUAGGUAUUCAAGGUAAUAACCAGAUCUGCAUUGUCUGCAUGAUUAAUGCAACCCUCUGGCAGGAUUAUAGAACUGAGGCCUAGGAUUUUUUAUGGAGAUAUAUGGGCUGGAUCCAUGAGUUUAUUGUAUGGAUUGCUUUUGGCAGGGCCAGGAUAUGAUUUCAAUGGGCUAAGGUGUCCGUUCUAUGAUGCUUCUGACCCAGAAGAUUGUCCAAAGUUGAGAAAUCUCAGAUGUCGUGGUGAUGAGACUCGAUGCUUUGAGUUUGUCCUUGUUCACAGUAAGUAUCACUGCCAAUAAAUGUGAGGGAGAUUAGAAACACAGUUUGCCAGGGUGGGUUGGUUGCUCUCUUAUUCUGUUUGCAGCUUCAUGCCAGAAAAAAUAUUUCAUGUUUUGUGGGAAAGGGCAGGUUUCUCUCCCCUGAACAUAUUACAGUAUUAUGCAGUAUAUAGUUGAGCCUAUGAAGUGAUGAACCAGAAUGCAAUAUUGAGCCUCUCUCUCUCUCCAUCCCAGAAUGUGGAUUAAGCCUCUCUUGUAUAAUAACAAAAAAAAUACACAUGUGACCAUGCCUCUUUCUCUUUACCAGAUGACAGUUCGGUUCCUGAUAAGGUUUAUAACGGCUGUGCCACCCCAACGUUUUGUGAGUUGGCUAGGACAUCACCGUAUUAUGACUACCUUUCAGGCACUAUAACAGAAGCACGAUGCGGUGAUACUCUGCCUCACUGA